UGCACUCUGCUACGAAUUUUCGAUUGUCAAGUAUGUAAUGGUGAAUGAUGCGAAAACAGUGGGACACGAUAGCCGUCCGACCUUGAGUUGCCGAUAAGCCCUGUGUGGUGUUUUGAGGCCUUUAUGAAUGGUUUUUCUAACUAGCUGUAGAUGGAAAGAAUUGAUAAGAGUAAGGGAACUACUGCUAGAGAUGUCGAGGCCAUGAAGCUGAUCAAGGCUUACGCCGAGUACCUGAAGAAGAAGGGAACCGUGUCUCUUCCUAAGCUGCACGAUAUCAUGAGAACCAGAGUGUUCAGCGAGUACAGUCCUUAUGACCCCGACUGGUACUUCAUUCGUUGUGCUGCUAUUGCUCGUCACCUCUAUCUGAGACCUGAUGUGGGUGUCAAAUCUUUGCGUGAUGCUUUCGGUGGUCGUCAUCGCAACGGAGUCCGUCGCCAGUACCACGAUCAUGCUAACGGAAACAUCAUCCGUCACUGCCUUCACAACCUGGAGGCUCUGGGACUCGUGGAGGUCGGCAAGCACGGUGGUCGCAGACUCACCAACGCCGGAUACAAGGAUCUGGACCUCGUUGCUAGACAGAUCUAAGUGAAAAAACGAGCAGGUGCAAGGAGCUUCAGA